ACAGGAAGUCCUUUACCGGUUGAUUUUACUACGCACGGAUAACAUCCCCUGCCCUUCGCUUGGAAAAUGUACUAUAAGUUCAGCGGCUUCACACAGAAACUCACAGGAUCUGCCCCAGCCACCGCCUACAGCCCUCAGGGGCUUAGGCCAGGUGUGCCUGCAGAGUCCCCAACUAUGAUUUUUGCCUCACCUACCAAGGUGGUGGGUGAGGCCGGACCCACGGUGGAGUACAUGGGAUCCAACAGGGUACCUGACUUCCAGAGAAUAUUCCAGACGGCAGAUGGUGUCCCAGUCCAUUUGAAGCGUGGCGUGCCCGACAGGCUACUGUACCGCACCACCAUGGCACUAACUAUGGGAGGUGCUCUCUACUGCCUGGUAGCUCUUUACAUCGCAGCCCAGCCGAGUAAUAAAUAACCCCAGACCACCCAGCUUCGGCCCUUUCUCGCUGCCAAUGUACACGUUGGCACAGCCCGGGAACAAACCGCUUCAGCUCUAGCUCUGGCUCUGCACCUUCAAUUUGCACUCUUCCAAACCGACAACAGCACCACGCCUCCUGCCCUACCCUGUAUCAGUCACAUCCACCUUAUACCCCUGCCCUCCAUUAGUCCCGGUCAUUCCGUUCCACUUCAAGACUGAAACUGUGCAAAGGAAUGAUGAGGAUUGGAGUAAAAUGUUAUCUGUAACAACGAAUCCCAUCAGUGACGAUAAAAUGUCUGUCCUCUGUCAAAUUGAUACGAGUUAAUAAAUUUUAAGAAGGGUUAA